UAGAGAGGCGCAGAUCUUUGGAUCCCCACCCUCACAAGCCAACCGACAGUGCACUCAUCUAGGAUAACUCUGCGUUGGAAACCAUACGAAGGACGGUUGGAUAUAUGCCUUUUCGUAACCGUGAAUUGCUUUGUAACUGCUGAUGGUUAUAAUUCUGUAGCUUAUUGCGGAUUGGAUUGUUGCCACCCGUGCGUUUAUGUGGUCCAUUUGGAGACGUUCCUUUGGGUUGCCUGUAUUCGAAUGUAAAAGAACCGAAGGUUUUGUUUCCAGCUCACCUCUCAAAUGACUGAGCGCGGCGUGAAGAGGAGACCGCGUUCUCCACCUCCGUUCUAUGUUAAAACGUUGGGCUAAAGUUUUCGUGGACGGUGCCCUGGAUUUUCCACUGCUAUCUCUCUGACAGGGGUCUUUUUUUUCAAGCAGAGAACGAGUAUUUUACCACGCACACAAGGGGUGCCUUCUAUUGGAUUCUAUUUCCAAAAUGAAGUCCGUUUUUAUCCGAGUUGGCGAACUCUACAUUCUGAUCCUCUGGCUUCAAUCAAUGCCUCCAAUGGAGGGUUGGGUGGAGGGCUGCCCAGUGCCAUGCAUAUGCCACAGCGAGCCACGGCCCACCCUGGCCUGCCAGCAGCAGGGCCUCUACUCCAUCCCCACAGAGAUCCCCGUCCACAGCCAGCGAAUCUUCCUCCAAAACAACAAGCUGACCGUGGUGCGCUCCACCAGCUUCAGCCCCUGUAGAAACCUCACCGUACUCUGGCUCUACUCCAACAACAUCAGCCACAUCGAGGCUGGGGCCUUUUAUGGCCUGGAGAGGCUGGAGGAGCUGGACAUAGGGGACAAUGACCUGAGGAUCAUCAGCCCCACAGCCUUCAGAGGCCUCUCCAGACUGCACACCCUACAUCUGCACAGGUGUGGCUUGUCUGAGCUGCCUGUGGGUGUGUUUAGGGGACUCUUUUCCCUGCAGCACCUCUAUCUCCAGGACAACAGCUUACUGACUCUCCAUGACGAUACGUUUCUGGACCUGGCUAACCUGACCUACCUGUUCCUCCACAACAACAAGAUAAAGACUGUGACGGAUCACAUGCUGCGCGGCUUGGUGAGCCUGGACCGCUUGCUUCUGCAUCAGAAUCUAGUGACCUUUGUCCAGCGCAAGGCAUUUCAUGACCUACGCAAGCUGACCACUUUGUUUCUGUUCUUCAAUAAUUUAACAGUGCUGACAGGGGAGACCAUGGACCCACUGGUGUCCCUCCAGUACCUGCGUCUGAAUGGGAACCAGUGGAUCUGUGACUGCCGGGCCAAGACUCUGUGGGACUGGUUCAAGGGCUUCAAAGGGUCCAGCUCAGAGCUUGAGUGCCAUGUUCCAGCUAGACUGGCAGGGAAAGACCUGAAACGGCUAAAGAGCCCUGACCUGGAGGGUUGUUAUGACAGCUCUCAACAUACUUGGAUUAGUGUGUUCAGUUCUAAGACGCGCUCUGGAAAACUCACCACAGAGAGUCCACUUAGGGCUGGUAUUCCUAGGUGCUGCCUCUCAGACAACGACAAGUCCUCCAUCAUCUCCAGUAAGGGUCUCCCAGAUCAGUCCUCCUACAACAGUAGACAAAUCACCAACAAUCCUCUGAAGGAGAAGGAAAACAUCUCCAAAACGAAGCUUACGGAAGCUGACCCCAACAAACCCCAGAACAAACAGAGUCUGAACGAUGGGCCAGGGGGAACAUUAUCUAACAACCUGGACCAUUCAUCAGAGGAUCUAGACCCCUCCAAUGACCCUGAAAAGAAAAAAUUGUGUACAAAGGAGAACAUGUCAGACUCUCUGUGUCUCAAGUCCCACGGCUCUACAAUCGGAACAUGGAGGCUUAUCUUUCUUCCUGUGUUUUGGCUAUCCUUAGACUUCUGUUAGGAAUUACAAUCACAGAGGGAUAAUCUGGGCCAGUGUAAGGCCAGUGCAGGAGGCCCUGCUAAGUGCCAGGGGUGGGAAGGGGAAAAUCUUUCAUAGAUCUAAAGAUAUUAAUCUGAAAAGAGAAAGGGAAGAGCUAAAAAAACACACAUCAACAAAUAGAUGCCUUUCUACAGUAUGUCAAUUCAAAUGUAGAUAUUUCAUGGAUUGGUGCCCAGUUGAUACGGUAUGUUUUGCUCAGCUAUGAAAAUCACUUCUUCUGGGAGGUCCUAUCGUCUCUAAGCUUACUCUGCCAAUGGUGGUGACUGGUUAUUACAAAGACAAUGAAACAGCACAUGCUGUUUAAAACCAAGAAUGUUUUGAGGUUUCCUUCAUAACAACCCCAAAGAUGUGACAGAUCUUAUUACUCCAUUUAUUUUUGUUAAUCUUUUCUUAGAGUGAAACAUUGAUUUAAAUGCUAUUUUAUGUUUAUACAGUUGAAUUUGGAAGUUUACAUACACUUAGGUUGGAGUCAUUAAAACUCAUUUUUCAACCACUCCACAA